CCCCGGUCGCUCCGCCAUCUUUGUCGGCUAACCCCCAUUGUUCACUGUGGAGCUAGCAGCGGUGGUAAAUCUGAUCAUACUGCGCAAUAAAACAACUCGACGGUGUCACAGGCAGCUGCCCGCGACAGUCGUGGAUUUGCUCUCAGGGUUUGCGACUUGUUCUCGGCCAGCAAGUUACACAGAAUGGACGAUGACCAGCCCAAAACCCUGUAUGUGGGGAAUCUGUCCAGGGACGUGACAGAGGCCCUCAUCUUGGAGUUGUUUGGCCAAAUUGGACCCUGCAAGAGCUGUAAAAUGAUAGUAGAUACAGCAGGUCAUGAUCCGUACUGCUUUGUGGAGUUCUAUGAGCAUAGACAUGCCACUGCCACAAUUGCAGCCAUGAAUGGUCGGAAAAUUCUGGGUAAGGAGGUCAAGGUCAACUGGGCCACGACGCCAACCAGCCAAAAGAAAGACACAAGCAGUCACUUCCAUGUCUUUGUCGGAGAUCUAAGUCCUGAAAUUACCACAGAUGACAUAAAAGCCGCUUUUGCUCCAUUUGGGAAAAUAUCGGAUUGUCGAGUGGUGAAAGACAUGGCCACAGGUAAAUCUAAAGGCUAUGGCUUUGUCUCCUUCUUCAACAAAUGGGAUGCGGAGAACGCCAUACAGCAGAUGGGAGGACAGUGGUUGGGAGGGAGGCAGAUCAGGACCAACUGGGCCACAAGGAAGCCUGCUCCUAAAACUACAAAUGAAACCACCAGUACCAAGCAGUUAUCCUUCGAUGAGGUGGUCAACCAGUCCAGCCCCAGCAACUGCACCGUCUACUGCGGGGGAGUCACGAUGGGUCUCACGGAGCAAAUUAUGAGACAGACCUUCUCACCUUUCGGCCAAAUAAUGGAAAUCCGCGUUUUCCCAGACAAAGGCUACUCCUUCGUGAGGUUCAACUCCCAUGAAGCAGCAGCUCACGCCAUUGUUUCUGUCAACGGCACAUCCAUAGAGGGCUAUGUUGUUAAGUGUUACUGGGGCAAGGAAACAACAGACAUGGUUAGCCCCAUACAGCAAGUUCAGAUGCCACAGCAGAACACGGUGAGCUUCGCGGCGGCGCAGCCCUACAGCCAGUGGGGUCAGUGGUACAGCAACACGCAGCAGAUUGGUCAGUAUGUGCCCAAUGGAUGGCAGGUGCCGAGCUACGGAGUCUACGGGCAGACCUGGGAUCAGCAGGGCUACAAUCAUUUACACGCCGGCGCCGGAUGGACAGGUGUGGGCGCCGUGAGCAACGGGGGCAUGGUGGAGCCCGCGCAGGGCGUCAACGGGACGGUGCUAACCAACCAGGCUGGCAUGAGCACCGCCGGCUACCACACCCACUGAUCACCGACCGCAGUAGCGCCUCUCCGAGCCUCUUCGUGGCCGCUAUAAAAAAGGAUGAUACUCUGCUGGGGAGGAAAAGGAGCGCUUUAGAUGUGCUCUCUCUGUUACCACACACACACACAAAAGUUUUAUUGCUGUUAGUGAGGGCCUG